CGAUUUUGGUAACGUCUGGAAGACGCUUUGAAUAAAAAAAAUCAACGUCGAUUUCUUGGCUGUUUGCAUGGUGGUUUGAACGCAUACCAAUAUCGGAGAGUGAUCGAAUACCAAGAUGUCGGCUCCUACAAAUGCGCCGAUCCAGUCGACGGCGGGUGCUAUCCCGAUGAAAAACGAGAAGGGUGAUCUUACUAUGCAGAAAGUGAAAGUCAGUCGUUAUGUAACUGGUAAAAGACCUGACUAUGCUCCCGACAGCAGCAGCGAAGAAAGUGAAGAUGAGUUUGUACCUGUGAAGACAGAAAAGGAAGCACCAACUGUAGAUGAAAAAGAUGAAGGAGCAGACACUGUAUAUGACCGACGUCUCCAACGAUUACAGGGACGUGACAUUGAAAAAGAUGAGGAUGACAGAGUUGCCAGACAUCGACGGGAAGUGGAGGAACCAGAGCUCAUACAGGAGGGGUCAGAUUCGGAGGCUGAGGGAAGGAGGAGGCGAGGCGAGGAAGAAGAAGAAAGCAGUGAAGAGGAGGAGGAAGAAUUAGAUGAAGAGGAGAUUGAACGGCGAAGGAUACUGCUGAGACAGAGGGCACUACAGAGACAGGAGGAAGAGGAGGUGAUGGAUGUGGAGGAUGAGAAAAUGGAUGGAGAUAGUGAAGAGGAAUCGUCAGAGGAGGAAGAAUACACAGACUCAGAAGAGGAGACAGGUCCCAGACUGAAACCAGUCUUUAUCUUUAAAAAAGACCGUAUCACAACUCUAGAGAAGGAAAAAGAGGAAGCCAAGAAGAAGGAUAUGGAGACAGAAACCAAACGUCUAGUAGAAGAACGGCGUAAACAGGCUCUCAAGAUGAUUGCGGAUGACAAUCGUCGUGAAAUGGAGGAGGACAAGGGCACGGUCGACGCCUGUGAUGCACUUGACUCUGGUGACGAUGAUGAAGAGCAGUACGAGGCCUGGAAAGUGAGAGAAUUACGGAGGCUGAAGCGUGACAAAGAAGAGCGAGAAGCGGCAGAGAAGGAGAAACUGGAAGUUGAGCGACUGCGGAACAUGACUGGUGAAGAACGUCGCAACGAGAUCAAACAAAACGGCAAGAUUGUCACAAACAAAGCUCCUAAGGGGAAAAACAAGUACCUCCAGAAAUACUCCCACAGAGGAGCCUUCUUCUUGAGUCAGGACGAUGAUGUGUAUAAGAGAGAUUUCUCGGCGCCGACACUGGAGGACCACUUCGACAAAACCAUUCUCCCCAAAGUCAUGCAGGUGAAGAAUUUUGGACGGUCAGGCAGAACUAAGUACACCCAUCUUGUUGACCAGGACACGACUCAGUUUGACUCCCCAUGGAUGACCGACACAGCACAGAAUCUCAAAUUCCAGGCCGGGAAAGGCGGCGGCAUGAAACAAGUCUUUGACAGACCAUCUAAUAAGAAAAGAAAAUGAAAUGAAUUUUCUUAGCAAAGACUAAAAAAAAAAACUACAUGUGGAAAUAACAGUUUUUUCAACAGGGACAUACAACCGAUAGGAGGGAAAAGAUCUCCUCCUAUUUUCAAUUCCACAGGGAUGAUCAUGUUUUGUUGACCCUAUUUCGUAAAUAUCCAUAAAUCUGUCCUAGCAAUGGCUGUAGUAUCAGUGAGAAGAUGUGGCAAGGCGUGACAUUGCUUUUACAGUAAGUGAGGUCAGGCAUUAUAUAAAGACUAUUUUGCUGACUAAAAUACAAAAAGUACUUGAAACAUGAUAUUUUCACCCUGCAUUCUGCCAUUUCAGGCAUGAUAUUUUUGCCCUGCACAACGUUAUUUCUAAACGAAUUUACACAAUGUCUAGGUAUUUUUAAAGUUAUAUAAAUAAUUAUUGCUCUGUUGGACAUCUUUAUUAAGGGCAAAUAUAAAACCGGGAAGCCUAUAUUAAACGGGUGGUGAAAAUAUCUCAUUUUGCUGUAUAUACCUAAUCUUUAUAACAGCAUAUAGGAUUGGAGUAUAUUGAUAUUAUGAUCGGGAUAUAAAUUGUUUUUCCACCCUACACAUGCUCAGGUUUCCCAGGUGGUAUUGCCUUCAUUGGGCAACUGUCCAAAAUAAUGAGUAAAAGGUGUCACCCCUAAUCUUCUCAUGAAACAGGAUCAGUCUCAAGGAAACAAAGAAUCAUAUUUUCUCACGACAAGGAUGAUAGUUGUAUAUAUUGCUCUAGGAUAUAACAAAAUAAAUUAGCAAAGAUUUGAAGUUCCCCGAUCCUGUUGUAGACUUAUUUCAGUACAGAAUUUAAAACUCGGAGUGAGGGGAGGCAUUUUGAAUGCUAAAUCCUAACUAUCAUGUGACAAUCUUUAUUAAAGAUUGGAAAUCAAAGGGAUAAAAUGAAACUUAGGCAAAAAUCAUUGGACCCAUGUAUGUAAGCACUAGUCUAUAUAGGAGUGAAUAAGUGUAUCAUUGUCCUUAAUCCAACCUAUAUUUAAUCAACUGGUUUCAAAUAUGUCUUACGACCAUUCGCGUAACAUUUUUAUAUGUUACACAUACAUCAUCAUUCAUGUGACCUCGUUUAAAGUCCUGCUCAGUGGCUUUCAGUCUUUUGUAUACAUGGGCCAAUGAGCUGGGAUUGUGCAGCAGUAGUGAGAGACGUUUCUGUGUUAAGAGGGGUGGAGGCUGAGUCGGAGUGUAGAAGUUAGUGUGUGAUAUGUAGAA